CAGCUCUGGACUUUCCAUUGUCAAUCUCAGUGCACCAACCCAUCUUGUUUUUUUUCUUAUCUUCAAUAUGAGACCUCCAACAUUCUGGUUACAAUUGCAAUCGCGCAUUGACAUCCUUCUCAAGAACCUCGCCGAUGGCUGCUCCAGUCCGCACGGGCUGGGCUCCAUGUCCACCUGCUGCUACGACACAGCCUGGGUCGCGAUGAUAUCCAAGGAGAUUGAAGGAAAGCGCACAUGGCUCUUUCCGUCUUCCUUUGAGUAUCUCAUUGGCUCCCAGGCUCUCGACGGCGGAUGGGGGGAUGGGGCAUCCGACAUCGAUGUGAUCCUCAACACCAUGGCAGGUCUGCUGGCUCUCAAACACCACCAAUCCACACCAGAGCACGGCAACGUCUUGCAAAGUGAUCUGGACAAUCACAUCCACCGCGCGAUCUCCUUCCUAGAGAAAAAGUUGCAAACGUGGGAUGUUGAGUCAACGGAUCAUGUCGGGUUUGAGAUCCUCGUCCCCACCCAUCUGCGCUUACUCGCCGACCAGGGCGUCACCUUCUCGUUCCCUGGUCUAGAGACCCUCAUCAACCUCAAUCAGACAAAGUUGAGAAAGUUCGUCCCCGAGUUUCUCUACAGCGACAUUCCUACCACGCUCACACAUUCGCUCGAGGCUUUUGCGGGACAAGUCGAUUUUGAUAAAGUGAAGCAUCGGCUGGACUUUGGCAGUAUGAUGGCGUCACCGUCCUCAACUGCGGCAUAUCUUAUACAUGCUUCUCAGUGGGAUGACGAGGCAGAGGCGUUCAUUCGCGCUGCUGUGGAGUUCGGGGACGGGAAAGGGUCAGGCGCUGUGCCCAGCGCAUUUCCCAUUACCAUAUUCGAGCUGACAUGGGUGAUUUCGACCUUAAUGGAGAGCGGUCUUUCCCCCAUUGAAGAGAACAAAGGGCAUCUCAACAUCGUGGCUGAAUACCUGGAGAAACAUUUCCAUCAGCAAAAUGGUGUCCUGGGCUUUGUACCCACCUUGAUGGUCGAUGCGGAUGAUACCGCCAAAACCAUCAUCUCUUUAAACAUGCUGGGCAAGCGAGUGCGGCCGGACCGCCUGAUAGAAGUAUUCAAGAAUGGUGGCCACUUCCGGACGUACGCUGGGGAGCGAAACCCCAGCUUCAGUGCCAACUGCAACAUUCUCAGUGCUCUUCUCCAUAGUGAAGAGCCGUCUCAAUAUACCCGCGAAAUUGAACUGGCUGUGCAAUUUCUCUGUGAUCUUCACAGCAGUGGUGAUAUGAGAGAUAAAUGGAACACCUGUGAUAUCUACCCUCGAAUGCUGCUCGCGCACGCGUUGACUGUCUUGCUCCAGCUGUGGCAGAACGGCUCACUGAAGGAUCUAUCCAAGGAUCUCCUCCACAAAGUCCACAUUGUCCUGUGGGAGAUCCUUGUGCAAACUAUCCAGGAGCAGCAGUCGACUGGCGCCUGGCACAACGGGUCCUGCGAGAUCACAGCCUACGCGACUCUAACACUGGCAGCUGGAUCCAACUCCCCGUUGGCGACCCUACUGGGUGAAAAGCUGCAAACGAGUCUCGUCUACGGACGGGCCUUCCUAGAAGCCAACAUCAGCCAGUGGGACAAGGGCGAGACCAUCUGGGUAGAAAAAGUCUCGUAUAGCUCGGCAGUUCUCUCCAACGCCUACUGCAUCUCCGCGGUCCAAGCCCCAACCUUUACCGGGACAGCCACAGGCGACAGCCUCAUCAACAUUCCUUCCAAAGCUAUCUCCAAGUUCGCCCAGUUCUACUCAUGUCUGCCGCUGUUUGCGAACGAGCCCAGCUGGCGCCUGCGCCUCUCCCUGAUUGAAGGCUCACUGUGGUUCCCACGGCUCGCUGCCCGGAGACUCGAUAUCUUUCCUCGCACCAACAUGGAAGAGGACAAAUACCUACAGUAUAUCCCCCAAACAUGGACCAUGUCCAACAGCCUCCACAACGGCGCCCUCGAACCAGACCUCAUGUGGGAGAUGAUGGUCAUCUCCAUGCUCAACUACCAGGCCGACGAGUUCCUCGAAGCUGUCGUCGAAGAGCACCUCAUGGACCAGAUCGACGCUGUCUCCGCCCUCGUCGAGCGCCUCUGCGAUGACUCCCCUGCCGAGCCCGUCUUCUCCGACGUCGACGGACCAGCAGCAAACCAGCCCGUCUCACUCAACGGCCACCGUCCAGACAUGCACUACGUAGAGCAAGUCCUCCGCCGCUUCAUCACCUACCUCCUGACCCAUCCCGCCGUCGUGCGCUCUCCUCCCUCCGUUCAGCGCACGCUGCGCCGCGAGCUCAAGGUCUUCAUCCUCGCACACCUCGCCCACGCACAAGACAACGCCCGGUUCCGCGCGCAAACCCUCGCUACAGACCGCACCACCGAGUUCGCCUCCCCCCGCUCCUCAUACUACUCCUGGGUCCGCUCCACCUCAGCCGACCACACCAGCUGUCCCUACUCCUUCCACUUCCUCAGCUGCCUAAUCGCCAAACCGGGCGAGCUGGCAUUCAAAGGCCCCCGCCAGAGAUACCUCGCAGAGGACAUGUGCAGGCACUUGGCGACCAUGUGUCGGCAGUACAAUGACUACGGCAGUAUUGCGCGAGACCGCGCGGAGAAGAACCUGAACAGCGUCAAUUUUCCUGAGUUUUGUGAGGAGGGUGUGGAGGGGGCGGGGUUGGGUCUAGGAAAGUCUGUCGUGCAGGUUGAGCAGAAAAUGAAGGACGAGUUGAUGUGGGUUGCGGAGUAUGAGCGCGAGUGCUGCAUGGCGGCGCUGGACCGGCUUGAGAAUGAGACGGGGUUGGAUAAGCGCACGAGGAGGAUUCUGAGGAUGUUUGUUGAUGUUACGGAUUCUUAUGGGCAGAUUUAUGUUGCGCGGGAUAUUGCUAGUCGGAUGAGGUAGAUUUCUUCUGCGGUUUGAGCUGUGGGCGUGUCUUGGGUUGUUGUUGUCCUAUAGCGGUUAAAUCGACAUCAUUGGUAUAUUGGAGGGAUGAAC